GGGACGGGGGAGAAGAAGAAGAAGACGACGACGACGAUGAAGCAGGACGACGAUGACGACGACGGUGACGAGGUCGAGGCCGAGGACGACAACAACAUCAACGACGACUACCAAGACGUUAGAGAUAAAGACGGACAGCGGUCGCCGUGAUUGAUGAUCACGACAGCGAUUAUAAUUCUGCUGAUGCUGCUGAAGACGUCAACAACAGCAACAAAGACUGCGACGACGGAGUUGAUGAUGACGCCGGUCCUCUUUGCCUUGCUAUUCCUCCUCCUUUGUCCGACGGUACCGUAUGGCGACUGCGUACGGACAGAAUGACAAGCCUAGAAGAGAGUCCACGAUCGAAACCGAGCGGCUGGAAUCAUUCGACGCGCUCCCUUCCUUUUCGCUCGCUUGUCCCACCUUUUGCUCUCCACUUGGCCGUUUGUCUUUCGUCAUCGGCACCAAGCGCGAGCGACCAGCACCGGCGUCGUCAUCAACCAACACCAGCUCCCGCCAACGCCGCCGUUGUGUCGUCAAACAUCAGCGUCGCCCUUCAGCUUCUCCUCCAGCCUCAGCUUCCCUCGAGCUCCUUCGUGCGUUCUGCUCGUAUCGUUAUCUUUCCGCUCUUCGCGCUCGGGCCAGCCUGCCUUGCUCACCAUGACGCACUCUCGUUGUGCCAUCGAAGAUUACGUCGGCGCCUAGCGACAACCGCUUCCCACCCCCAAUCAAGGAUGUCAGCCACCGGCUUCCCACUCUUCCCGCUCCUUUGGCACCCCGUCCAGUCCACCCGCCAAUCUCAAUCAUCGACAUUGCUCCUCGUCUCGCUACACGUCCGCUUCGUAAAAUUGCGCUUUGCCACUGUUGCAGCAUUAUUUUUGGGUCCGCGGCAGGCUCUCUGCCCAUCUGGCCGGCCAUGGUUCUUUUCUUCGCUAUCUCUUUUUUUCAACCAAAAAUUUAGAUAAAAAAAAGAUUAAAAAGCUUUAAUUGCUUCCCACUGACGCUUGCCUCCACACGUUUCACAUCUUUGGUCCCUUUUUUCUUUGUCCACGCGCGUGAGGAACCAGACACACAUACGUCCGAACUGCUUCUCUUCAUGACACCGUCAAAGGACGAGCGGGAAGCGUAAGAAAAACCGGACGUUAGCUGGAUCAACCUUGGCGGUUCUGGUAAGGUUCGACACGCACUACAGGAUUGACGAUGCAUGGCAGGGCUUGACUUAUGCACAACGGUAGAGAUGGCUAAUACUUGUAGCUUGCCGUGUAGCGUGCCAGCUGUAACUUAGAGUCUUUUUCUUCGAAUCACC